AUGUUGCUCUACAAAUUCGCAAACAUGGCAUACCCCGUUCGUUUUCACGAAGCCAAACGGUGGCGGUCAAACUGUCGAACGGAUGCCGAAAUGGGAGUGUUGGGUCAAACAAGCUAUACACAUGCAGACGAGCGAAGGCCCAGGUUCAAGUACUUAAUUCCUGUCGAAAAUCCAUCUCUUGUCAAGCCUGGCCAUCUAUACAUUCAUCGAUACGGCAAGGCCAAGGAGUUUGUGCGAAACCGUGAGAAAGAAGUCAAAGUCGAAGUUAUGUGUUCGCGAUGUGCCAGACGGUGCAACGGUCAACGAGACACGAAAUUCGGACAAGCAGAGGCCGCGCUAGACGCACGCAUUGCUCAACUGAAGGCAGAGCUCGAAGAGGUUGAGGAAAGAGAACAGCGAGAACGAAUUGGGUUUCGACAGCCUCGACGUUACCAUUACGGAAAGAGGCAGGGGGAGAGCGCUACACCGCCACCGAAGAUCAUCGAUGCUGAACCUCAGAAACGGCGAGGAAGCUUUGUGAGACCAGAGGGUGUUGAGCAUCGGGACCACGCUUGCAACUGCCAUCAUCACAAGCAACAUCACCAUAAAGCUCGUCGACCUCCAAUUCAUAACCACCACGUCCACUACGAGGACCGUCGACCAGAUUAUUCGAUUCCACAUUCGGAUCACUACAGGCACUAUGUCUACUCGCCUACUUCUGACUGCCACAGUAGAAGACGUCCAUCCUAUCCCAGAGUCGUGUGGCAUCAUGAAUACAACGAGGACAUACCGCUAUUGUUCCAGCGCAUAUUCCUCAGUGGUCGGAGGAGGAAAAGCAGCACUCCUGGUUGUCGGCGGACUCAUAUCGUUGAGUAUCCCUAUGCACGUUACGAGUCAAGAGCUCCUGAAGAUUACUACUAUUAG